GCACAUGCGCAGUCCUCACGUACACUCCGCCAUUGACGGACCCACGAUCAGGAGGAAAGGGUCAGAGAAGCACUUCGAGAAACAGCCGCUGCACGUUUCCACUGGCUUUAAUCUCAACUUUGGCUUGAGCAACCAUUUCCAGUACUAGAUCUACUCUCGUCUGAUUUCCUGUGGAUGAAUUUGGUUGACAACCCUAUUUGACGACGCUAUUAAGGAAGGUGUAUUUAUUUUUGACCAGGUUCUAGAAGUAACGGAGCCCCUCAGCUAGCGGCUGCAAUAACGAGGCUAUAGCAGGCUAGCUAGCGACCUGGCUAGCUGCACACGAGCUGAGCGCUGCUCGGUGGAGGGGAGGGGGGGGGCGGUGUGCCUACAGUGUCGUUUGAUGGAUCCGAGAAUCGCCUGGUUUCAACCAGAACAGCGUGGACCAGCUAACAACCUGUGGAUGCAGAUUUGGGAGACGACACAAGGACUCGGGUACUUGCAUGUAAAUAACAGCUUCGGAUCUCUGAGCACGCCGAGCUUGAAAGCGACCGUCAACGGGGCGUCGGGAGCCGUCAUCACCAGCAGAAACGGGGCACCCGACUCAAACACCGGUAGCGGGGAAGCUAGGACUCAGGGGAUGUCGACCUCAAUGGGGGACGGAGAAUUAACGCAACAACGGGACUUUAUACCACUGGAAACCAAUAGCAACCACAACAACCGAGCCUCUGGCAGGGGCGGUGUCGGUGGAGGGGGGCAGCAGCAGCAGGGCAGCGGGGUCGCCGUGCUGUGGAGGGGGCUGACGGACGGACACCCCAACAAAAGGAAAAGAGACAACAAAGCUAGCACUUUCGGAUUCAAUGCCUGCCUCUUGAACAGCGGCAGCGGCUUGAACACAGGAGGCUAUGACGGCUACACUGGCACGCCAUGGAAAGUCAGGAACUACUCUGAAGGAAUCAUAGGGUUGCAUGAGGAGGUCAGUGACUUCUACGAAUACAUCUCCCCACGGCCCGAGGAGGAGAAGAUGAGGCUUGAGGUGGUGGACAGAAUAAAGGGAGUCAUCCACGACCUGUGGCCCAGCGCUGAGGUUCAAGUCUUUGGGAGUUUCAGCACCGGUCUUUAUCUCCCAACAAGCGACAUUGACCUGGUCGUGUUUGGGAAGUGGGAGACCCUCCCGCUAUGGACGCUGGAGGAGGCUCUCCGGAAGAGGAAUGUUGCAGAUGAGAACUCCAUUAAAGUUUUGGACAAAGCCACGGUUCCCAUCAUCAAACUGACGGACUCCUUCACUGAGGUCAAGGUGGACAUCAGCUUUAACGUGAAGAGUGGGGUUAAAGCCGCACGACUCAUCAAGGAAUUCAAAGAGAAAUAUCCUGUACUGCCUUACCUGGUCCUGGUGCUGAAGCAGUUCCUACUGCAAAGGGACCUCAAUGAAGUUUUUACUGGUGGAAUCGGCUCCUACAGCCUAUUUCUCAUGGCUGUCAGCUUCCUGCAGCUUCACUACAGGGAGGAUGUUUGCAGUCCCAACAUCAACAUCGGGGUUCUCCUCAUUGAAUUCUUCGAGCUCUACGGCCGACAAUUCAACUACCUGAAAACAGGUAUCAGGAUAAAAGAUGGCGGUUGCUACGUUGCCAAAGACGAGGUGCAGAAGAACAUGAUGGAUGGCUACAGGCCCUCCAUGCUCUACAUUGAGGACCCUCUGCAGCCAGACAAUGAUGUUGGUCGGAGUUCAUACGGUGCCAUGCAGGUGAAGCAGGCAUUCGACUACGCCUAUGUGGUGCUCAGCCACGCCGUGUCACCCAUCGCCAAGUAUUACCCCAAUAAUGAGACGGAGAGUAUACUUGGGCGAAUAAUUCGGGUAACGCAGGAAGUGGAUGAAUACAGAGAAUGGAUCCGAAAGAACUGGGGGAACCCAUCACAGAAUGAAUUGCCACUCAACAGAAAUGAUGUCACGCUGUUUGAGUCCCAGCAGCUUGAUGAGUGCAACAACAACGUCCCAGAUGAUGAUGAGGACGACGAAGACGAUGUUGUGGUUCUGCCGUCGGCUCCCCAUAGCAAAACCUCAUCCAACUCCUCCUCUCCCUCACCUUCACUGUGCUCCUCUCCCUCCUCUUCCCCACUGUCGCCUUCGUCCACAUCCUCAGCUUCCAGCUCCAGCGAUGCGGAUUCUGAUGGCACUCCGUGUAAGACAGCUAAGCAGCUGCCUGUCCGGGGCUCCAGCACCCACAGAGAAAAGUCUGCUACUGUCAAUAAUCACAGAACACAGAACCACAAAACCAGCACUCCUUCUUCUGGAAACAACAAAGGAGGAAAGGCUAGGACGCCACGCUCCCACCAAAAGAGCGGCCACCACGGGCAGCAGAGCUCUUCCUCCAGCACCAAAAGUCAUCAGAGCAACAAGCCACACCACCAGGGCAACAGCAAGAAGAGGAAAAAUGUGCGGGACUCUACACAAGACGACCUAUGCAGAUAGGGGUUACUUCGCCUGCCCCCCCCACCCCACCCCACGUCCCCGUCCUUGUCUGCAACUGACUGACUGUCCUGUCCCACUUUUGUUGCCAGACUCCAGCCUCAGGAGGUUGAUAGAAGUAUUAAAACAUCUGCUGUGUCUGUCUCUCUGUCAAGCUUUUUGGGGUGACAAGCAACAAUUUUGAGAAGAAAAAAAGAACAAAAAAAGAAUUGUUAUAGAAAAUGGGGUUUAAUUUCUUGGACUUGAACUGAAAUCACAAAGGAGAAAUGCACAUUUGCUUCCUUAAGGCCUCUUUUUAUGGAGCAGUUUUUCCUUCCCACAGCCAGCACCUACACAUGGCUUUUGCGCCUCCUGCUGUACAGGAAUAGACAGGUCGCUGUCUGGAAACGACUCUGGAGCAAUACCUGGAACUGCUGGCUGGAAAAUAGGAACAAAAUGUUAAAAAAAAAAAAAAAAGAAGGAAUGGC